UAAACAGUGAGCUAUUGUUCGAUUGACACGUCUUUAUAGCAUCAUUUUAAUUAAAUUAUAUCGCUAAUCUUUUUUACCGUUUAAGUGAUGAAGGUAAAUAAACAAAUAUCAAGAAUUUUAAACUUGACGGUGUAUUAAAGUUACGUUAUUAGUGAUGUCGUUUAGAAAGAAUAGAUAUUUUAGAACAAAAUCUGUAUUAGAAUAUCACGAGACCGAGACUCAAACUGAGCUCCCCUUGACAAAUGGCAAUGGUUGUAAACAAAAACGUGUACCUUCUUCGCCUAAAACUAUGCAGACGGAGGCCUUGUGGAAAAAAGAUAGCGAAGAUGUUAUUCUAAAUAGUGUCAUACCUAAAACUACGUCAAUCGAAAGAAAUAAUGAAUCAUUGAAUAAUGUUAGUGAUAUUGAGGUAAAUCCCAACGUAAACGCGUCCGUUUCCAAUGGUCAAGCACAUUCUAAUUUGGAAGGAAGACCGUCAAUUCCAAUUCCGGACAGUUUCGCGAUGGACCCGCUCGCGCCCACCGCGCUUGCGGUCUCAUCCGACUUUAUGGACCGAAUCGGUAGUGGACUGACUCUCUUAAGAGACCACGGGAAAAAAGUACAAAAGUAUUUAUGGAAGAGCAAAAAACUUGAUGUUACCAAGAAAUCAUUGAAAUCUCAAGUGAAUAUUGUUCUCGUGGAUGCCAAAGACUUGCCAGAUGAAAUUUCAUCCAAUACAAAUGGCCUUUACUGCAAAUUUAGGUUAGGUAAUGAAUCACACAAGUCAAAACAAGUCACAAAAUCAAAACCAGAAUGGCGGGAAAGAUUCAAUCUAUACAUGUAUGAGGACAGUAAUUUGGAAGUCAAAGUGUGGCACAAAGGAAAACAAAAGACAUUUGUAGGCAGAUGCGUCAUCGAUCUAUCGCAACUGGAAAGAGAGCGGACUCAUGAGCUGUGGCAAGAGCUUGAGUACGGAUACGGGAGUCUCCACAUGCUGGUCACGCUGGGUGGCUCAGAGCGAUGCGUCUCCACAGAUAACCUGACUGUAGCCAACGGGGUUACACAUCAACCGACAAUAACAGAGGAGAAAUAUACAUGGUAUCGCUUGGAGAAUAAUUGGAACGAAGUGGGUCAGCUAUCGGUGACCGUACACGGCGCCAGGGGCUUAAGCUCGCUAGGUCUCAAUGGCAGCAUUGAUGCGUACUGCGUGCUUGAGGUGGACAACGCGAGAGUACAGACCCACGCCGUCCGAAACUCUAGCGACCCUACCUGGAACAAGAACUUCAUAUUCAAUAUCAAUGACGUGACGUCGACGUUGGACAUUACAAUUUAUGACGAAUCAAUAAUACAGUCAAUGAAAGGGGAAACCCUUGGCAAAAUAUCGAUACCUCUAUUGAGGAUAAAUAACAACGAGAAGAAAUGGUACGCAUUGAAGGACCGAUCGAAAAAGCACAGCGCCAAAGGAAAUUGUCCCAGAAUUCUGUUAGAAAUGUCUUUGGAAUGGAAUCCGAUAAAGGCAUCGUUACGAGUACUAAGUCCAAAGCCAACUAAAUACGUUGAAAAACCACCGAAAUUCAGUAUCCCACUGAUAUACAAUAAUUUGAAGUUUAUCAAAGUUGUAUUCGACUACAUAUACCUAGGAAAUGUAUAUUUCAAAAAUAUAUUUGAAUGGGACAACAGAGAGAAAUCGGCAUUAGCUUUAGGAGCAUGGCUUUUAUUCUGGUACUUCUUUCGGAUGUGGAUGAUGCCUCUCCUUUUGAUAGUACCAUUCCUUCCAUACUGGGUGAUGUAUAGAGCAGGAAACAAUUGCAGUCAAAUUCUUCCGAUUCUAACUGACGAAGACACAUCAGAAGAGGAUAAUGAAAUACAAAAGGAUGACAAAACAAUAUCGACACGUUUGUACGAGCUCCAGGACUUGACGUUUACUAUUAAAAAUGGUAUCGACUACAUCGUUUCAAUAAUUGAAAGAUUAAAAAAUUUGAUUAACUUCAGUGUGCCGUAUUUAAGUUAUUUAGCCAUAAUUGGGUUAACAAUUGCUUCAAUUGCGUUUUACGUGAUACCUGUCAACUAUCUAUUUAUGGCAUUAGGUAUAUACAAGUUUACAAGGAAGGCUAUGAAUCCUAACAGAGUUCCUAACAAUGACAUACUAGACUUCAUAUCACGUGUUCCAGACAAUGAGAUUUUGAAACAAUGGCGGGAGCUGAAAGUAACAGAAUCGAGUAUCAGCAGGUCUGACUCGAUGAAAAGACGGUAGUGCAUGACAUAUCCAGGAAUCUGUAGACUGUAGUGCCAUAAUCAGAGUAGAUUUUCUUACUACCCUACGUGUACAGCGCAGGGUACAUGAAGAUUGUGAUCGUUUUAGUGCGUAAUAAUUUAUUAAUGUUCCAUGUACAGUUGUAUUAAGUACCUAUAAGAAUUAUGUAAUAUUAAAAUCAGUCAAACGAAAUCAGUUACACUUCUUUGCAUUGCGUUUUAUACAUAAUGAAAAACUUAGUCAAGUUACUUAGCAAUCAAUGUGAUAAAUCUCAUAGAAAAUCACAUACUUGUUUGUUUAUGUCAUGUUAACGUGAGUUUUCAUUGCCGAAACAGUUGUAAAAAACAUAUUGUUAUCCCUCUCGUUUUCUUUGAAAUACGAUGAUAACUUUGGUUACUAUUAUGUUUGACUUAAGAUGUCUUGGUAUUCAGAAACUUACGCUAAGUUUUUUCAGUUUAUGAAGCACAUCAUUGUAAAGAAGUGUAUCUGUCAGGCACUCACAAUGCAUUUUUAGUUGUAGAGUAAAAUAAUUAUGUAAGUAUUAGUAACAGAAAGACAAUUCAACUAUUGACUCAAUAUAUCAAAAUUUGUAUAUAAAUAUUCAGGUUAAAAAAGCGAAAGAAAACUUUUAAGACUGUACAAAUUUUUAAU